ACCAGUCUGCACCCGAAACAGGAAAGAUAACAGCACAAAAAGAAAGAAAGGUUCACGGAGAGAGAGAGAGAGAGAGUGUGUGUGUGUGUGUGACAAGUAUAUGAAAAGGAGGGAUAUGCCCGUGCGCCAGCGCUCUCUCCUUCUCUGGGAUCCAAUCGGUGGUCAAGAAGGGGAAGGUCUUGUGGGUCCUGCGACCGAAAAUCAAGGCCUACCAUCUGCCCAGUUGUCCGUUGGUUCGCGCCCGAUAAUGCCAGCAGGCCAUCCUUCCUUUGGCUGAAGCCUUCAAUUGAAAUUGGUUGGUCCUUUCUAUCUCCUGCGGACGCUUUGCAGGAUGCGAAUGGAAGAAGGGAACGAUCUCUCCCAUUCUCUGCUCCAUGUUCACUUCCGAGAUCCUUCCACUUUGCGGCUGCCAGGACUUCCACAUGACAGAAGAUCAUGGUGGAACGAUUUUAAGCAGUUAUGCUGGAGGAUCUUCCUAUGCACUAUGGCAGUGUUACUGAUAUUCGUGAUACCUGUGCUCAGGCUGAUCUUUGUAAAAUCUAGCGAUCCUAGCCAAGAGCUUGUUUUCCAACCCCUGGUAAUUUUGCUUCGAUUUUUGAUUUCGUCUAUAUCGUUCAUAUGCUUGUGCCAUAUUGUUUGGAAACAUGGUACAAAAGGUAUCCUUUUCCUCACUGAAGAGACUCAGGAAAUGGAAGAAAAGCACAAAUCGAUCAUGAAGACCUGCCGCAUUCAACUUAUCAAACUCUUUCUUCCCUUAUUAUGUGCUUAUGUGGCACACAAACUGUGGCUUUAUCUUACUGUUAGUUUGAAACCCCUGCCAUUUGGGUUCAAGAACAAGGCACUUGACACCAUCAUUAUUGCUGUUGCUCUAUGUUUGUCAUGGUGUUUCGGAACAGGGACAUACUUAUAUGCCUGUACACUCUUUGGGGAAGCAUGUGUCUUACAGGAGACAAAGAUGAAACUGUAUAGCGAUCUACUUCGAAGAGGACUUGAUAUUGGGUACUACUUCAAUGCUUACAAGACGGUUCUGAAAUGCUUGAAGGCUACAAGUCGCCGUUUCAGGUUCUUUUUAGCUAUGACUGGCGGUAUUUCAGUAUGUGGUUUCUUGGCUUCAUUAUAUGAGAUAGUAGAUGAUGUCAGAACUGGAACCGGAAUUUUGCUUUCUGGUGAUUUGAUGAUUGUAAAUAUCGUAAACAUAACUGGAUGGAUUUUCUGCCUGAGAUCAGCUUCUAGAAUAGCUCAUUUGCAUCGACGCAUAUUAAAAUCUGCAUCUUCCAUGAAUGCAAAUGCCACACUUGAAGCAAUGAGGAAUUUGCAACCAUUAUUAAUCAAUGAAGCAGCUGAAAAGGAUAUACAGAAUGGAAUCCGUUUGUUUUCUCAGUUUCAGGUGGAUUGGGCUGGACGUUCUGCAUUAGUAGACUUUUUGUCCAACAAUACUGCGGGAAUAUCCAUAUAUGGAUUUGUGCUUGAUCGCUUUUUUGUACACACAAGCAUUGGUGCUCUUGCAACAACGACCUGGUUUGUAUUGGGACGAUCAUUGACUUGAAUCAGGUGCUUCAUUCGUUAUAUUCUCCAUGAAUGUACAAUAUAUUGUUUUGAUAGCAGUAGCUGAUUUAUUUUGGUUCAUGUAUGCCAGCAGAACAAAAGAUGUCCAUGUAAAUGAUUAUCAAUUAAAUUAUGGUCUUUAUUCA